UUGUCUUUGUUUGACAACUGCCCUGUCCAGCUGCUGGUUACUGGGGAUUCAUCAGUGUUGAUAAAUCGCUCCUCUGCAUAUCCAUAGCCAGGUGACCAUUCUCUAUACGGACUGACUGUAGAGACUGUUUUGGCCCCAGCCCUGGUUUGUUGGCAAAGGGCCUUCGCUUUACUACGUUAGGCCUGGCAGACGAAGGCUUUCUUACUUGCUCCCGGUGUGGAACCUGAAUACAACCCCUAACGAGAAACUCCAAGCGUGCACUGGGCAGAAGGCUGGGCAGAAGGGCACAAGAGAUUGAGCCAAGCUCCUUCUACAUCCAAGACAAAGAAGCCCACCCCAUCUACGACAACACCAUGGAGUUGGGAAUAGUGCUAACCAUCACCUGGUGGGCCACAGGACUCGUCAUCAUCAGCCUUAACCUGGCCGUGCUCUGGGGAAUCUUUCGAUCGCAGAAGCUCCGCACGGCUCACGACAUCUUCAUGGCGAACGUGGCGACGUCCGACCUCCUAACCGGCAUCGGAGUCCUGUAUCGAGUAGAAAGCCAGGCGGAAGAGGACAAAGUGGACAGUAGGAAGAUUAGUUCGACUGUUCUGAUGUAUAGUCAAGUGAUGUGUGCAGCAGCUCUAGCAUUGAUGUCACUAAACUCGUACAUUGCUGUCAGGUACCCCAUCUUCUUCCAGAGUCAUAUUCACCAUGCCAAACGUAAUGCAGUUCUAGCUGUUAUAUCUCCAUGGCUUGUUCUGUCCUUAUUUGUUUUCUCUCCUAGUAUGGGUUGGAACUGUAUAGAUACGCCCGCACCAGGCUGCACUAGCUUUUUCUACCCUGCAUACUUUGGUAUUUUAGGCACUGUUAUUCUCUUCCUAGCCGGUAUUAUGUUGUUCUGUACCAUCAGUUUAUUUGUUAUCAUAAAACGGCGAGAAAAAAGAAGGCUUGAGCUUCAACACAACAGUUCAGGGCAAAAUCAGCCUCACAACAAAGCGGCACAGCGACAGUACAAAGAAAGGGUGUACAAGGCAGGUACGGUUAUGAUUCACGUGGUGGUAGCCUUUGUCUUUUGGCUCUUUCCUAUUGCGUUCUCGUUUGUUUGCCUGAGUGUGCACGAAUGUGCUGCUUCAAUCUGGCUGUUGAUGCUAUUUCUUGUGAUGACGUGGAAUUCAGCCAUCAACCCGGUAGCAAGUAUCGUACGCAUGCCGGAGUUGAGGAAAGGACUCUGGCAGAGCGUUAUGGCUAUCCCUGGAGCUUUUGUUGCCAUGAGAGGGGGUAACAAUGUAGAUGCAAAAGAUGGACCGGGAAACGCCUCACAAAAAAGUGUCACUGAUAGAAUUGACCAAAACAUACUGGAGCCAGAGUCCACCACAGUUUACAGUGUAACAGUCAGACAGGGCGGGGUAAGUCCAAGAAUGGCUUCACCCAAACCAAAGAGCUCAAAUCUUCCCAUGGUAGUGGACUGAUGUCACCAUUGCUUUGUGCAGUGAA